AUGAGUCCAUCAGCGAGAUCCAGUUCUCUAUAUGCUGACGAGAAGCUCUCCGUCUCUUUCUCUGGCUCUGGGUUCUUAUCAACUUACCAGCUGGGGGUAGUGCGGUGCUUUCUGAAUCACGCGCCAACGGUGCUUCACGUUGCACCGAGAGUCCUUGGUGCGUCCGCUGGUUCUCUGGUGGCGGCUGCUGUGGUAUGCAAAGUGAGACCGGAACGAGUUCUGGAUGAGUUGUUAAGUUUCGUGCGGCAGUUGAGGGUGCUUGUAUUUGGACCAUUGCAUCCGUCAGGGAAUGUGUUGCAUUGGAUGGAGCGCAUGAUAAGAACCAUUUUACCGCACGAUGCGCACAGACUGGCCAGCGGGCGCCUUGCGGUAGCAAUGACCAGAGUUCCAGAUGGCAAGAACACCUUGGUGUCAAAAUACGAGUCACGUGAAGAUGUUAUACAGGCACUAUUGUGCAGCUGCUUUCUUCCUGGUUACUGUGGAAUGGUGCCCCCAAGUUACAAGGGUGUGCAUUACGUGGAUGGCGGCUUCACCAGCAUUCAGCCGCUGAAAGGGGCGCCAUCCAGUCGCACCCUCACCGUGUCCCCGUUCGCCGGCGAGAUGGACAUCUGCCCCCAAGGCCAGGAGAGCGCAUCGUGGUAUUGUGUGGUCGUAAGUGGAGCCUCCUUCAGGGUCAAUGUGGCCAACGGGUUCAGAGCCAUCCAUGCUCUCUUCCCCUUUCAUUUGGAGACUUUGGAAAAGGCCUACAGCAGUGGAUACAGGGACACUAUCCGUUUCCUCCACGACAGGAACUUGGUCUCGUACUUGUCUCUGCUCAAAACACCGUCGGAAUCCGGCCUGGACCUGCCUCCUGACGGAUGGACAGAUCUAGGAGCAGACUGGGGGGAGGACACAGGGGGAGAG